AUGCCGGCAUCAGUAGCCACCAAUGGCGACGCAGUCAUGGCUCUUGACACCGUGCCAUCCCUGAUCAGUGCUCGCUCCGCCAACACGCUCAUCUCUGAGAAUCGUCCAACUCGUAUCCAAGCAGAAACGCUUCUCAUCCUCAACGGCCUCCUCGACGAAUUGCUCCUCGCCAUCAUCAGCUCCGCCAAGAGCCUUGCGACCGAUCGCAUCAAGACCGAUGGCGUGCUCAAAGUGCUAGGCAGCAAUCUGCUCGCCAAGGAUGCCGUUCUCGAAGCUGAACUCGAACUUCGCAGCUACCUCGAAGGCAGGAGAGCAGAAGGCGCGAGAGUACCCUUGGGUCUUAUGGCCACCUCCCGUCUCGAUGGCACCGAUGGCUUCCCCGUCCAGAGUGCUUACAAGGCACUCCAGACCCGCUGUCUUUCCUACUGCACCCUCAGCGACUCCCACGACGAUGACGUGCCCAAGGAUCAAAACAUCAUGAGCAGCGAUGGACGCCCCAUCGCAACCGUCACACCGGGCGCCGCCAUCUACGUGACUGCUCUGCUCGAGUACAUCGGAGAGCACAUCUUGCAAAACGUCUCCCGCGUCAUCGAGCGUGACAACUCGGACGAGGCCAGCCUCUAUGACCUUCGUGCCGCCAUUACCGAAGACGAACAGCUCAAUCCGCUCUUCACCAAACUCUCGAUCAGGUCAGAAAUGGCUCGUCGCAUCGACGUGCUCGAGUCUCGUCGGCGUAAGAUCACCGAAGAUGGCGCCGGUCGCGGAGUUCGAUCCGACGCCAGAGUGGUCAAGCCGUGGCACGUUCCAACCGAAAAUGACUUCGAUGAAGCUGCCGGGCCCAACCUCUUCUCUUCCAAGCGCAUCUCCGUGCAGCCAGCGCCACGGAGUGACAACGUCCAAUCCAUCGCCACGGCGUCCUCUCAUCACGGUCAUGGGACGUCCAACAGCAUCGGGCAGGACGACUCGCUUCGCAACAGCACAUCCACCUUUCGAACGACGUCAUCCGUCGCCAACAACAGCACUUUUGACUCUACUUCAGGCAAACCGCAAGGCAAUGGCAGCGUCGGGAAUCAAAGCUCAACGCGCCCUCCUUCCGCUCUAGGUAGUACUUCCGGUCGACAAGACGGUGGUUCCAGUGUCCCAAACAGCGCAGGGCCCCGGCCGAGCUCAGACCGUACCUGGUCUGGCGUGUUCGGCGCCAUGAAGCGCCGCAACAGCUUCAAGCAGGGGUCCGACCCGACAUCCACGUCCAGUCGCCCCAUCUUGCAGACACAGACCUCGUCCCACUCCAACCAAGCUGAUUCGGUGCUGGAGCCCGAGGAUGACUUUGACGCUCUGAUGCUCUCCGGCCAGACGAUGAAGGUGUCGCUCACGCCUAAUCGCUUGCACACCAUUGAAGUCGCUAAAAAGGGUCAGGGCGCUCCCGUUGGCUCGGUCCGUCGACGUGCAGGAACGACAGGCAUGCGCGAGGACUCUGCCUCUGCAGCGGCCGCAUUCGGUCAGGAGUCCGGCCCUUCGCCUGGCUCGCAGAUGUCGACCGUUAGUGAUCAACUGCCGGAUGGUGCCGGCCGCAGCGGCGAGAGGCCUUCGACGAGCAACACAGCCCCUUCAGAUGCAGUUCUUGGACGACCUGCUUCGCGCACAUCGAUGCAGCAGACUACCUUGCGGCCCGAACGCAAGCUGGCGGCGCCCCCACCGUCGUCGUACAGAAGUCCUUCUCCUGCCCUGCUGGGCCAGCACAAUUUGCUUUCACGCGAGGAAGACGGCGCUGUGGCAGCUUUCCCGCCACCACCAAUGGUGUCGAGACGCAGCGCGCCACGAUUGCUGCCACGCGAUGACGAAGCGGACGGUAGGACAUCCACCAGCAAGGACCUCGUCGACCUGUUUAAAUCGACGCCUCCCUCUGCCACUUCGGAAAGAUUCAGCAUCCCUGGCUCCGACACCUCCUCGCUAGCAGAUGGGACUUCGAAAAAGUCGGCUAUGGGUGACCGGGUCCGUCACUUAUUCGGUCGAAAGUCGAGCAGCAGCACCGGUCAUGCCUCGCCCUCCUCGCCUCGUCAACGAAACUUCCUUUCGCAUCAGCGCACCGACACGAAAGCAAGCCUAGAAGAUUCACAAGAUACGCACGUCACCAGCAGUACAACUAACUCCAUCGGUCAGAGACGUUCCGUCGUUUCUCCGUACACAGCACCUUCCGACCAGCAUGCGGCAUCACGUUCGUCUACGUCGACCUCGGAGCAUCAUCCGUACAAAGCAGAGGCAGCGGUGGGGGCCAAGCCUCUGCCUGAUGUCAGUGUCGUUGAACCAGAGUCAGCUCCCAUCCAGGCAGCAAUCGGUCUAGGAGUUGGACUCGCUGCUGCUGAUGCCGGCGCCGCAGGACCCGUCCCUGCUGACCGAAGUGCCAGUCCUGCCUCAAGAUCCACCAGCUACGUGAGUCAGACGGCCAGCACGGCAGAACGAGCUGAUGCUGAAGAGGCGACAGCGGACGACUCUUCUUCGACAUCUAGGUCCACCAAACCAACAGAAGAGCUGGUGAGCCGCAAGGUACCGUGGGGCUACAAGCGUGCCUCCGUCGGCGCAGGUACGAUGAUAGACCGCGCAACCACGCCCAACUCGGACCGACGCAAGAGCGUCGGGUAUCAGAGCUCCAACGGUCACGGCGUGCUGCCUGUCCGCAGUCCGUCGGGCAUGGCCUUCUCGGAAAACGGCCAUAGUCCGAGGACAGCAGCGAUGGGGUCGCCAUUCAUCGCUUCGUCCGAAGAGGGACCGACGCCGGCAACCUCGACCGCUGCGGCAGCGAAAGGCAACAACGCACCCACCGCCUGGUCAGGCACGGGAUCGCAGACGCUGGGGCGGAGAAGAUCGUUCGGUUCCAGACCACUUUCAAUGGCUCAAGCGCAUCGAAAGAGUUUGAACCUCGAGACGAUUCAGCUCCUGGCGGAUCUGGAGAGAGCGAUGCGCAACUGUCACAGUGUCGAUGAAUGCCGUGCGCUGGUCCACAAGGCCAUGCAUUCGGAUGGGGCAGCGUCGGCGCUGUCCGACUCUCAAGUCAAUGGAGUCACGGACGAGAAAGAGACUCAAGAGGAGGGCAAGGCGACCGGCGCCGCAGGUCACGCGAAUGGAGCUGUUCCAGCAGGCGCAAGUCUAGGAAGUGUAGCAACGGCAGCUGAAGUGGUUACGGCGUCAGAAACGACUGCAACGCCCGACCGCAAGCUGCCAGACGUCAAGAGAUUGGACGCGAACAGGAGCACCUCUCUGGAGCAAGUCGAUCAGGGUUUGAUUGUUGCAUGGCUUCUUGGCGGGGACGAAGGCCCCACAUCCACACGCGAUGUGGCUUCUGACAAGCUGUCUGCCCUGCCACAGCGGCUGAGCCAGGAACAGGCUGCCACGAGUAAAGGAUCCGCGGCAGAACAACCUGCGUCGCUCGACUCUUCUGCAUCUCGUGACGCUACGAGAGGGCGCGCGUCGAGCAGCGUCGCGUCGGUGCAGUCCAACUACAAGGAUGCGCACGAGGAGGUGAUGGUGGAGUGA